ACAAUUUAAGUUAUUAUGUCUAACCAUGACAUAAAAUCUAAAAAUUAUAUGCAAAUACCAGCAGACUUUUCUUCGUCAUUUAAUAAAAGUUAUUUUAAUAAUAUUGAAGCUAAUGAUAUAGAAAAUUACGUGAUGCCUUCAUAUUUACAAAACAUAUCACAAAUGACUGUAGCAGAUGUCUAUGAAUCAGCAGCCGAUAUUGGAAAAGAAUUUGAAAGAUUAAUAGAUGUUUUUGGGACAAACGAAUUUGUUAAUUUUAUGCCUAAAGUAGUUAAAGUAUUGGAAGAAUUAGAAGCAUUAGCUGAAAGAAAUGAACAAGAUAAUUUAGAGAUAUCAAACCUUACAUAUGCAGUAGAAAAACUUGAAACUGAAAAGACUGAGAGAAAAUGGGAAAAAUUGAAAUAUGAAAAAGAACUCGAACAGAUGGAAGAUGAUUGGAAAGGGGAAUCCAGCCAAUUAUCGCUUUUAGUGCAAAGGCUUAAGAACGAAAAUCAAAAGCUUAGCCGAAAGUUGGAAGAAGAUUCCUUCCAAUCAGCGUCAAGCACCAAAAACGAUACGACCAAUCAAUUUGAAAAUGAUGGCCCUCCUAAUGGCUCUUGGGUGACUACUCCCUUAGACAAUUUGAGUAAAGAUUUUGAAGUUAUGAAUGCUUUGGAGAGCACUGUGGAAAAAUUGGAGAAACAACUCAAGAUAAGGGACGACGAAAUACAAAAGAAAUUGUCUGAAAGUGAAACUAUGGAAAAUCAAAUUAUGAGACUCUCCAAGGUUUGCCAAGAGUUGAGGCGAAAAAAUCAAACUCUCCAAAAGCACCUUAGAAUAUUGAUAGAUGACAAGACCGACCAGCAAUUAGAACUUCAGGAUAAAGAUCACCAGUUGGUGGAAUUGAAAGAAAAAUUGACUACUUUCGAUCCCAAUAUAGGAUCUUUGUUUGAUAACGGAUCUAACAUAAUGACUCAAAGUUUAUUUAGUAAUGCUUCUGAUAUGAGCGAUGAUAAUAGUCCCAAAUUUACCAUGACAGAACUUAAAGAGGUUCUCAAGGAGAAGAAUGAGCUUAAAGCUCGACUCAUGGAAUUGGAGGAAGAAUUAGCCCUGUACAAACCCAAGUCUAAAUACGACGAUGAAAAUGACGAAAACGAGGAACCAGUCGUACAAGGCCCCAUAAAUAGAGAACCCGAGGAGAAAUUGUACCCCUGGAAAUAUUCCAAAUCACGUCGAAAUCAACCCUACGGCAUAAGGCGAUUUUUUAGAUGCUUGAUUCGAAAAAUCAGCAAAACAAACAACACCAACAACAUAAAUUGGGAUAUCAUAGCUUAACCAGUGUUCCAUUUAUAUAAAUCAUUGUUAAAAAUUAAUUUAAUUGGUAAUUCAUUACAACACCAAUGGAAUUUUAUAGUUAAUUUAUAUGUUGAAUUUAUAAAAUAUUAUUGUUAACUACUCCACUUCACUAUUAAAUAUUUUUAUGAUGCUUGGAUCUUUAUUCCAAGGAGGAAUCAAAACUAAUUUUUUAUAUUAUAACGGGAUUAUAGAACUUAUAUUUAUAAAAAAAUAUUUUUCAUAAAUGAUUCAUAUCGAUAAUCUAAAGAGCCCAUAAUGUAUUUUAAAAUAAUUUGGUAGCUGUAAUUCUUUUUUAAAAUCUAUAUCGUGCAAUAUCGUAUGCUUUUAAUUGUUUUUUUAAUCAAAUUAUUAUAAUAUCAAAUAUAUUUUAAAUAAAAAC